UGAGCUGUCAGUUUGACAGCGUUUGGACAACCCUGUAAAAAGCAAAUACGUAAAUUCCUCAACAGCUUGAUUGGUCUGAUUAAUGCACAAAAUGUACAAUUUGUCCAAUGUGCUUAACUUUAUCAUAUGCGUGGCCAGCUUCAGUCAAUCAUUUGACGGCACUCUGGCCAUGAAGCGGGGACCACAUCAUCCACGCGGCGAAACCCGACGAGUGGACCAGCAUCUGACUCAUGAGGAGCAUCGAAUCGAUGAUGAUCUAAGGGAAAUGGGCAUACAGGCGAACUUGGAUGAUAUGACCGAUGAGGAGAAAAUAUUUUACAUGUUUAAGGCGCACGACAACGACAACAACAAUGCACUGGAUGGUCUGGAGAUGAUACAAUCGGCCAUGCAUCAUAAUUAUGAUUACUUCAAGAACAGCGAGCGCAACGAUUAUUUGCAAAAUGCAAGCGAAGAACUUGAUCAUUUUAUAGAGGCCAUUGAUAAGUUUCUGUUGAUUGCGGAUGACAACAACGAUGGACUGUUGCAUUAUCCCGAGUUCGUCAAGGCCGUUUCCGGUGGCAAGGAGCAAUUGGCCAUCGAGAGAAAUAUGCUGCGUUAAACUGAAGAAGCAAUGAAUCUCAUCUAGACACAAUAAUAGUUAUAGUAGUUUAAUCAAAAAUGCUAGCAUUUAGCUGUACGUACUUGUAUAUGUCCAUGCUGAACCAUUAAGACUGUACAUAAUACACAAACGCCAGCAAAUAUACAUAUAUAUAUGGUAUAUAUGGUAUAUAUAC